AUGUCGCCCGUUGCAAAAGGAGUUAUUAUUACCGUAUCAGCCCUCGUGGCGGCGGGCAUAGCUGUCUACGAGUCCCCUCAGUUUCGACAAUGGGUCGAUAAUUCGCGACGGAAAAUCGCAGUGGCUCUGCACCAUCUUGGCGAUGAGAUCCAACCGCGAAACGCUACGUCAUCCCCUAGUCAGGAUAUCUCCAUGACCGAGGAACUGGGCCCCGAAGCCGAAGAGCGACGGCGAUUAGUUCGAGAGGAAAUCCAGAACCGACGCUCCAUGCUUGAGGAACAUCGUAAAAGACGACGGAGUGCGGGACCAGGGUCGUUCGACGCACUGGUUGACGAUGAAGGUCGGCUGUUGAGGUCGGAGGCUUCGGAUGCGAACAACGGGUCGUUGGCGAACUCAACCGCCGUGGAACUGGGGACAUCGCAGGUCGUUCAACGCGGUGGCAAGCAGCAGGCCGAUUCGCCGGCACCCUUGGUCGGCGAGGAGGAGCCGUCAAACGCGAACGCGAGCGCUUCCGCCGGUAAUGAUAAAUUGCAUGUUGCUAUUCCGCCGCCCAGUGCUCAAUCCGCCACACUGAUUAACUACACACCUACUUCAGAGACAUCAGGGAUGGACUUUUCGAUGUCGACUUUGGAUAACAUGAACGACGCGGGACAAUCUCGUUCGCGAUCAUCCUCAUCCAGUCGCACCGAGGAGCAAUCUCAAGUCCUCUUUGAUCAUCCAGGUCUUGCAGCCAAUGACACCAAUGGAGACACCCGUUCCCCCUUCGCAGAUCUUUCCGAUCUCGACCCCGCCAGCUUCGAACAUCGCGACCGUCCCUCCACACCAUCCUCGACCAGCAGCUUCAGCCAGAUCUAUGCGUCUGCGGAGGACGCGUCGUCGGAUGGCACUUUGAGUGAUCUGGGACGGUCGACUGGGGCAGCCACUCCAGCCAGCUGGUCGGAGGUUGGCAGUGUCAUCAGCGACGACGAUUUCAAUUCCAACCACCACGGGUUGUAA